AUGAAAGCAAUGGAUGGUUUUCUCGCAGGUGCGCCAAACUCAUAUUGGAACUACGUCAUCUCGCCCCAUACAAUCUUCUUUAUUGUCGCUCUAAUCUCUAGUAUUCCACUAUGCAUCUGUGGAGGUGUGGCUUUGGGGUAUCUAAUUAUUUGUUUCCUGGGCUGUUUGCUUACAAUCGUCAUGUUUGCAUUAUUACCGCUGCCGAUUUUUGAGCCUGUGGGCGGCCGUUACCACGUUGGCAUGGCACACGUGCAUAGUCGCCACAACCAGACGAUGCCGCCACUGGCCGUUUUCUACCCCACCAAUGAAAUUCCACAGCGCAAAGGUAUUUGCUACAUCCCCUUUAAUGAUAUGCGUUUCAUGAGUGGGAUUGCCUCUCAUGCGAAGAUUCCCCUUUACUUUUUGAGGGACACGCUAUUUGUGCGACUGCGAGUCACAGAGGGUGCGAAACCGAUUCCUCUUAUUAACAGCACUCAAACGCCGCUUCCUGUAAUUGUCUUCAGCCAUGCUCUCUACGGGUAUCAUCGUUUGUAUAGUUGUCUGCUGGCAGAUCUCGCUGCUCGUGGGUUCGUGGUGGUGAGUGUUGGACACUGCGAUGGAAGUGCCUCGUUUAUGCGUGACGGUGAUUCGGGAGGGCAAGAGUUUCCUCUCAAGCAAUUGGACUGGGAAUCCCCGGCCUCUGAGGAGGCACUUGCCCAACGGGUUCUUGAGGUACGACACACACUGAAGCGUCUGUCCGAAACGGAGUUUUGGAAAGGGCUGGGAUUCGCUGCAGCUGACGUUGAAGCGUACCUUCGCCAGUCGCCACGGGUUAACUUGUCUGGCCACUCGUUUGGUGGGGCAACGGCACUCGUCACCGCCCUGGAGGAGGAACGGGAGUCCACAGCCAAACAAAGUGUCGUGCAAAGUGUACUUGUGUUUGACCCCUGGCAUUUUCCGCUGCAGCGAGAACUGUUUCUCCAGCCGAUUGAGGACGGUCGCAAGAAGUAUACUACUCCAACGCUAAUAAUACAUUCCGAAGCAUGGGUCCAUGACAAGACCAGCUGGGAUUUUUUUCAACGCCUUGCAAAGCUUCUUUUGUUGCAACCGUCGAUAUCUUCUCUCAGUGAGAGGGAGCUGCGGAGUAGAUUUGUGACAGAGAAAACAGGCUGUACAAAUCACUACUCGGUGACUGAUGUCGUUUUAUUAAGCCCCAUUAUUCACGGCUGCAAGAAUGCCAUUGUUUCUCCCCGAGUGCAGAUUUUGGAGUGGUCCAAUACGCUUAUUCGGUUUGUCAAGGAGCAGACAUUAUGCACCAAUGGGACACCGAGCUGA